AAAACUAUGCGGAUAGUCGGCAAUAGCCAGUUGCGCGAGUGUAUUGCUGCACGUUGAGGUGCACAAGCGUCGACGGAGUCUUAAAGGAUUAUUAAAAAUCAUUAAACAAAAAUGGAUUUAAUACGGCAACCUAGACAUAUAAUCCGCAAUGCAGAAAGCGAUAAAGCACCGAUAGAGAGAUUGGGAAAAUACGAGACUAUAGCGGAACAGUUUCGUAUUAUCAAGAGUUGGGAAGGACAGACCAACGUAUGGCCGUUGACAUUUGGACGCAGUAUUCUGAUCGGCGCGGCGACAGCCACUGGUAUUUACAUUAAUCACCGAUUUAGGGCGAAAAUUAAGAUCCGGAGUUACGGGGAAGUUCCCACGAUGAUAGGUCUCGCGGUAACGCCGGCCUUAUUUACAUCUCUUGGUCAUUCAGAGUUUGUCCUUAAUAGGCUGUUAUUGUUAGAUGUGCGAUGUCCCUUGUGCUUAGAGUCCAAGUCUGCCUUAAUACAAACUUGUACCGGGCUGUUUUUACCAAUGAUAAUGGCACCACUUGCAAAUUUCUCAGUCGCUGCUGGCAGUGGAGCAUAUAAUGUGCCAUAUAUAAAAGACAUAAAAGCAAUAUCUAGAACCAUCUUUUCAGUCUAUCAGCCGAUGAUUCCAAAAAUUGCAAUGCUUUUCACCUUUCACGCGCUGCUAGCUAGUUAUAUAACAUAUUCAGAAAUCAAAUCUUUCAUUCGCAUCUUAGAUUUACAGUAUUUAAAAGAAGAAGAGAAGAAGGAGAAGUUUGUACAAGAUGAUAUUUUUUAAGUUUUAUGUAUAUUGUUGUAUACAGUUGUAUAGUGAAAUAUAUAAAACUGAAGAAAUGUUCA